AUGCAAUCAGGAGAAUCUAUUGAAAAACCAGCAGUGGAUCACGCUGAUUGGGCUGACUAUAACAGUGCAGAGAGUGAAAGUGCAGCAAACCAUCAUGAGAUUAUCUUCCACAGAAAACACAUUACUCCAGAGCAUGAAGCUUUUCUAUUAAAACAUCAUGGUCGUACUGAUUUAAAUCCAUUACCAUCACAAGAUCUUAAUGAUCCUUUGAAUUGGCCCGAAUGGCGUAAAAAUGCACAACUUGCACUUGUUGCCUUCCAUUCAUUCAGUACAACAUUUAUUGCUAGUGGUGUCAUUCCAGCUUAUUCGAAUUUUGCAGAAGAUUAUGGUGUCUCAUUACAUGCUUGUACUUAUUUUACAUCCUGUCAAAUUUUAAUGUUGGGUUGUAUUCCAAUUUUUUUCACUCCCAUUAUGGUUAAAUAUGGUCAAAUCAAGAUUUUCCUAAUAAGUACAUUAGGAUCUUGUGUUUUCAAUAUUGGUUGUAUCUUUUGUAAAACUUAUGGAGCUCAACUAGCUUGCAGAAUCAUGUGUGCAGUUUUCAUUAGUCCAGGUGUUGCAAUGGGUGGUACAAUUGUUCAUGAUGUUACAUUUGCUCAUGAAAGAGCUGCAAAGACUGGAUGGUGGUCGUUAUUAUACACUUUGGGGGUUCCCGCUGGUCCCUUAUUUAUGGGAUUUGUUGUCACUCAAACUGGUCAUUGGCAAUAUAUGUUUGUUGUCUUUGCAGCUACAAAUUUUAUUCAAUUUUUGGUUUAUUUAUUUGCUGGUGAUGAAACGGCUUAUGACCGCUCAAAAGUUCAGACUGAUGAGGUUAUUGAAGCUAAAGGUUAUUGGAGCAAUCUUGUCACCAAGUUAUACAAAUCUCAUAAUUACCAUCCUGAAAUGAAUCUACUUUCACUAAAAGUGUACUUGCACCCUAUUAUACUGUCAAUCAAAAACUAUAAAGUCUCUGUUGCUGCUGUGUCUUAUGGUAUUAUAUUUGGUUAUUCAAACGUUGCAUGCUCGGUUGAACUUCCAUCAGUUUUCGUUACAAAGUUUGGAUUUGAUGCUCAACAAAUUGGUUUACAAAAUAUUGCAGUGAUCAUUGGUAGUUUCAUCGGUGAGAUUAUUGGUGGGAAAUUAUCUGAUAUCUUCAUGGCUUAUUGUGUCAAAAAGCGCUCUGGCGGUGAUAAAGAAAUUGUCCAUAAGAAGAUCGAAGAUAGAUUUUGGAUUGCAUACUUUGGUUAUGUUAUGGCAGUUGUUGGAUUAAUUGUCUUUGGUGUUCAAACUCAAAAUGCAAGACAAGAUCAUUGGAACGUUACUCCUCUUGUUGGUCUAUGCUUGACAUCACUAGGUAACCAAGUUGUUACAACUACAAUGAUUACAUAUGCUAUUGAUUCAGAUACUGCUAAUGCAACUCAUAUCAGUUUAUUUAUUGUGUGGUUAAGACAAGUCAUUGGUUUCGUUGGUCCUUUCUAUUUCACUGCUAUGUUUAACAAUUUGGGUUUUGCUACAAGUUUUGGUAUCAUGGCAGCUAUCGAAGGAUUUGUCGCAUUAGGAAUAGUUAUUGUCACACAUAUCAUCAAUAGAUGA